AUGCGCGCCGCCAAUCAUGUGUUCCGUUACUGCAGAUCCGGCCCGAAGCGGGUCAAACGGUGGGGGUCCAGUAGUGUUGGCACCCCCCUCUUACCGCCCCCAUUUACUGCCGGCAAAAUUAGCCCGUUGAAAUCGCGUCCCAUCGCGUCAAAUACAAAUUAUUAUGAAAGUCCUAUAUCUUUAUAUUUUUCACCAAAAAUCAUGGCUCCUCGACGUCGUACAGCGCGUAAAGAACUAGACCCUUGUAUGAGAGCUCGGAUAUGUGAGCUUCAUACAAGCGCGCGCUGGGGCUAUAAACGAAUUCAUAAAGCGCACCCAGAGAUCCCUAUAUCAACUAUUCGCAAUACAAUCAAAAAAGAGCAUCAACGGGUUAAUCAACGCUCAUUACCUCGCUCUGGGCAGCCUAGCAAACUAUCAUCUGAGCAAAAAGAGAACCUCGUUCAGCUUACAAAAGAGAAUCCUCAUAUUAAAUUUUAUGAGCUUCAAGAAUCGGUGGAUAUGCGAUGUUCAAAGACUACUAUCCGUCGAGCAUUCCGCAAUCUUCAUAUGAGGAAAUGGCUACAACGAGACCGCCCUGAAAUCCUUCCUCAGAAUGCAGAAAAAAGGCUUCAAUGGGCACAGAGGUAUGCUCAUUUUACACCUACAGAUUGGCAACGUGUAAUAUGGAGUGACGAAUCUACAGUUGAACGAGGCAAAGGAGGUCAAUUGAUUUGGACUUGGAAUGAUCCUAGUGAGCAACUAGUUGAGCAUGACGUACGUGAGAUUCGUACUGGGAAAAGCAUCAAAAAGAUGUUUUGGGCUGCAUUUCAAUAUAAUAUCCGUACGAGCUUAGUUCCAUUAACCUCGGAUGGAUCAUCUCGUGGAGGAGGUAUCUCUGCGACAGUUAUACGCCAAACUUAUAUGGACCAGCUUCCAGAGUUACUUGAGAAUGGAGAUAUCUUUAUGCAAGAUAAUGCGCCUGUUUAUACAGCUCAUAUUAUUCGUGACUUACUUCAAGAAAUGCAAGUUGAAGUAAUGAUUUGGCCGCCAUAUUCACCGGAUUUGAAUCCUAUCGAGAAUCUAUGGGCAAUUAUGAAAACAAUCAUCCGCCAGGAUCAUCCUGAGCUAGAAAAUGCACCGGAUAAUGAUACUACGUUAUGCGCAUUAAUACAAGCAGGCAUAGAGGCAUGGGAAUCAAUCGGGGAGCGCGUGCUUCAAAAUUUAAGCGACUCUAUGCCUCAUAGAGUGCAGGCAGUACUAAACGCAGAUGGCUGGUAUACAAAAUAUUAG